AUAUCUAUUUUGAUUGUCGGUUAUGUUUUCCACAUGAAUGUCUGCCCAAAGGCGGUACAAUUAUUCUCCAUCAGAAGUACGUGGAUAACGAGGCUAUGUUCCGUGAACAAAUCCAUUUUCUGUGAGUUUGACAGAUGAUCAACUGUCAGUUUUUAGAAAUCUGGAGGAAAUAAGAAUUCAAAGAAUACCUCACGAUGGAAGCUGUACCGCGAUUGCCGAUGAUAUCGUUUCAAUUAAAAGUCAGUCCGGAACCCACUACGUUUGGACCAAAGUUAAAACAGUAUAUUCGUGAUUUUUAUAACGAAGAUCCAGAGUCGUAUUCGAAUGAAUUACAUCAAUUAGAAAGUUUGCGAGCAAUGGCUAUACGUCCACCGAUUGACAUGGCUGGCUGUUUGUUAUUGAAGAAAUAUUACUGUCAAUUGCAUUUCCUCCAGAGCAGAUUUCCUAUGGGAAAAGAUGGUGCAGCAGCAGUCACAUUUACAUGGCGAGAUACAUAUGCAAAUAUGGUCUGUUCAUUAGCAAAUAUUCGCUUUGAAAUAAUUUCGAUAUUAUAUAAUAUUGGCUCAAUCCAUACUCAAUUGGGAGCACGUACAGAGAGGAUUUCGGCGGAUGGCAUGAGAAUGGCCUGUGCUCAUUUUCAGUGUGCGGCAUGGGCAUUUGAACAUUUAAAGAACAGUUACCCGCAACCGUCGGGUGUCGACUUGGCUCCAGAGUUGAUGACAUUUAUGCAUCAGCUUUGUUUGGCGCAGGCACAGGAAUGCAUACUAGAGAAGAGUAUGCUGGACAAUCGUAAACCAACGAUCGUAGCAAAAGUCGCAAGACAAAUAGUGGAUUAUUUUACUCUGGCGUUAACCACGCUUGAACAAGGUGGAAGCGAGGAUGGAACUAUAUCGGACACAGUUGGCACAAAAAUAUACAAGAACUGGAAACGAUAUGUAAGAUUCAAAAAGGCCUACCAUCUAGCGGUAACGCAUUUGUAUCAAGGCUUAGCUGCAGAGGAACAAAGGAAAAUGGGAGAGAGAGUAGCAUUUUAUAACGCCGCAUUAAUUUCGCUGAACGACGCGCAAUCAAUUUAUGCUAACGCGAAGGCCGAUGAAAAAACGAUUAUAGAUGAAGCACUUACGUUUACGAAUGAUGUAAUUGAAGGGAAACGAAAAGCGGCCAAAAAUGAAAAUGAGUUUAUAUACCACGAGGAAGUACCUGAAAAGGAAACUCUACCCACGGUGAAGGGGGCCUCUUUAGUUAAAGGAAUAUCAUUUAGCAUAAAUGAUCCUGAAGUUUCUGGUCCUGAUAUCUUUGCCAGACUAGUGCCAAUGAAAGUUCACGAAGCAAGUUCUUUAUAUUCGGAAGAGAAAGCGAAAAUAUUACGAUCCGUCGGUGGAAAGAUAGAAGAGAAAGACCAGCAUCUGAACACUUAUUUGGCAUCUUUAAAACUGGAGCAUAUGAGUUUAUGGGAUCCGGACGUUCAAACGACAGAAUGGGAACGUCUGCCGCUUCCCGAUGAACUGGUUGAAAGAUGUGCAGCACUGAAUGCAAAGCAACAUGUCAUUCAAGAUCUAGUGGACAUGAUGGGAAAAUUAUCCGACAUUAGUCAAGAUGUCGAGAAAAUAUUAAAAGAAAUUAAGAAACUGCUUCUCGACGAAGAAUUAAAAGAGAAACAAUAUCAAGAUGCGGUAGGAAAAAGACCACCAUCGAUAGUGGCCACUGAUUUAACGAGAGAAGCUAAAAAAUACGAAGAAGCUCACAAUAAAGCAUCGGAGAGUAAUCAUGCUCUGCACAAAGCAAUAACAACAAUGCACGUGAAAAAUUUAAAAAUACUUGCACAACCACUCGCCGAUCUUAUGGCUCACAUACCAUCGCCGAGUGCAUACCUUUCAGAACAAAACAGCGAAAGAUCGCACAGUGCGAUUGAACUGGAACGAAUGCACACGAAGGAAUUGAAACGUAUUCUGAAUAAAGUGGAUGAAAUGCGUAGACAGAGAAACGAAUUACACACAAAAUUACGUGAUUCUAUAGCACAAGAUGAUCUGACACGCUUGUUAGUUACCGCUACGUCCGAUUCUGGACCUUUGGACCGCCUGUUCGCUGAUCAACUUAGCAAGCAUCAAAAUCUAGUGUCGUUGAUAGAGCAAAAUCUUGCCGCGCAGGAUAAAAUCUUGGCAGCUUUGACAGAUGCAUACGCUCAAACGGCUAACGUGCGAAAAGGGGUCGAAGAAAUAUUGAAACGUCGAGAACAUACGAUCGCUUCUUUGAUCGCGUCUUACGAUGCUUACGAGGACUUGGUGGGCAAGUCUAGCAAAGGUCUGGAGUUUUAUAGAAAAUUAGAAAUAAACGUCUCGAAAUUACUUCAGAGAGUGAAAAGCACAUGCAAAGUACAAGAGGAGGAACGCGAGCAGAUCCUUGCCCAGGAUAAUAAGAAUACUCAAGAAAAAGUCGACGCGACAGCAACUGCGGCUUAUGAUCAGAGCCGUAUUCGAUCUGGUAGUGGUCUCAAAUUGAAAGAUUAUUUAAAUAAUAGGCCAGAGACUGUUUCGAGUCAAUAUUACAAUAUGUAUAAAGGACAAAAUAGAUCAUAUCAAAUGGAUGGGACAGCGAAAGCAUAUACAAAUGAUGCAGUAGAUAAAAGUGUUAUUCAUUCCAGUGGAAUCUCGAUACCAGAUACAGUAUCAUCUGCAAAGUCUAUGCAACAGUAUUACCCUGCAUCUUACACAGAUUACAAAUCCAAUUUGACGUAUUCUUAUGACACGACUUCAUAUAACGAAAAUCCCACAGUAAACAAUACUUUAGGUCAAAGCUACGUGCAAAUAAAUAAUUCGGAUGGUGUCGGUACUUAUCAGCAAAUGUCUGCAACAGGUGCGCCAACGAAUAUGACAAAUACUACAGUACAGUAUCCGAUGAACUCUUUUGUGUCCAAUGGACAGUUCCCUACAGCCUUGGAUGGGCAACAGAAUUAUUCUACCAACACUCCACUGCAAUAUAACCUACCUUCUAACACGAUACAGUACGAGACUUAUCAACCUUCGGUAAAUUAUACCGGAUAUAAUGUUACACCACAGUAUCCCCCUGCACUUGAAAAGAUCGAUGGCGGAGUUAAACCAGAAGUUCGAAAUGUACAUUCUCAAAUGUCAACGAUACCACAGACAUCUGUACCAACAUCGAAUACAGCCAGCAAACCGAUGGAUGCACAUCCAACUCAUUAUACUACCACGGAUCAACAAGGGCAACAGUACGUAGCUGAGCCUCAACAAAAUCUUGUUCCUCAAGAAUCCGUUCAGGCUAUCAGGAGUCCACAUGCAUUAUCAACAGACAAUUCUCAGAUGCAGAAUUAUACUCUCCCUCAAAUCAAUCCGAAUGAAGUUCCACAUUCUCAAGAUUAUAGCAGUACAAUGUACUACAACCAAUCGGAUCUCCAUACUCAACCAAUCGGGCCAAUUCAAAAUAUAUGCGGAACUGCCAAUAUUGCUAUUUCCACGCCUUACAUACCAACACAGUACAUGAAUACAAACAUUCCUCAGCCUGUUAAUUCUACAACUUCUCUAACCAACGCAGGAAAUGAGAUGAGUACUUCGAAUUUACAGAAUACUGCUAUCAUGCAAUAUUCUCAGCAAAACUGUCCAGAGCAGAGUGAACAAAUUUAUACGGGUACAACAUAUCCGUAUGGAACACAAGUGCCCAUUAAUGAUACCGCUUUGAGUUAUCCUAGUACUUAUCAUAGUAUACAGCAGAAUACUGGUGCUUCAUACGCGCAAACCAUGUUGCCUACAGACACCUGUAAUACGUAUUCAUUCACAAACUGUCCCAGUAAUACAGAAAUAAUUCAAAGUCAUGCGAAGUCAUUGACCAACCAGAAUUAUUCGCAAAUGUAUCAAUAUCCACAGCAGUCACAUUAUCCUGGUUACGCUGAUUAUUCGCAUACCUAUAAUCAAGGAUACAAUUAUAUACAAGGAAAUCAAAUGACAAAUACAGUGACGGAACCUUAUAAACACCAGAUGGGAUAUACAUAUAACUCCACUAAUCAGUGUCAGGAAUACAAUUCAGUCAAUGUUCAAGCUUCGCAACCUGUUCAGUUAUCGCAGCAAUCUUCCGAGACAACGUUAGAAGUUACCGGUGACAAUAACAGCAAUUCUCGGCAACAAGAAAGUAACGCAAGAUACACAAAUGCCAGCAAUAAUUCGAUGGUGAGCCAAACUCCUUCGUCUCAGUAUUCGGGACAGCCGUAUCAACCACAAAGUUCAUCCGAUAUUUAUUACACUACACAAUACGGUCUUCAGUUGCAAAAUCAAGCGACUACUACCAAAGCCGAAACCCAUAGUAAUUAUAAUCAGACCUACAUGCAAGCUGCGAACAAUGGAACGAAUACAACGACUAGUACGAAUCCUACAAAAUCCACAACAAAAUCAGGAGACAAAUCGAACGUGGACUUGCUUUCUGACCUCGACAUUACCAUAGACCAUACACCUUUAGUACCAGAAGUACGUCCUCUAAAUAAAACUCAAAUAGAUGAGAAAUCUGUGGAAAAUAUCGCUACCAACGAAGAGAAAACGGAAACAGAAGAUGAGAAUGGGCAAACGAAUGCUCAUCCUACUAAUACCAAUGAGGAUAGAACGGAGAAUGAAAAUUUACAAAUUGUAUGGGAUACGUGGUACAAUGACGUGCAACCGAAAAAAGAUCCCUUAGGAGAUCCGGCUGCUUUACAAAAGUUUGCUAGCGAAGUGGAAAAAUACGAAAAGUUUAUAGAUAGCCUGCUUGUCAAGACAUUAAGUGGAGCAACGAAUCUUGAUAUAAAAUGGAAAGAAGUGCAAGAGUUCGAAGAGAGAGAAAGUGGAAAACAAUCGUGUACAGUAGCGCUGGCUCAUUCCUCGGAGAACAGAGUAAUGGAGUGCAUUCCGUAUGACACAACCAGAGUGCAAAUAUUAUCAACAGACGUACCAAAUUACAUUAAUGCAUCCCACAUAAUGGAAAUCACGCAGUGGAUACCAAUGUCAUUCAUCGUUACUCAAGCACCAUUACCAGAUAAAUCAGAAAUAUUUUGGACGAUGAUAUGGGAACAAGAAUGUGAGAUAAUCGCGUGUUUAGCAUCAGAUGCACAGUUGAAUAGCGAAAUAUAUUGCCCUAUAAACGAGGAGGACACAUGUAACAUUGGUAGCUUUACAAUAUCGUUGAAAAAACGAUUAAAUCACGUAUCCUACAUUCAGAGGAUUAUAUCUGUACAUAAUAUUAAGAAAAAAUCAGAAAAGACUGUCGUGCAUAUGCAGUUCCUUACAUGGCCUUCUAAUGGUUUUCCUAGUAGUCCUGGUGCGUUACUUACAUUUUCAACGGAUGUGAUGACCGAACAAGCACUGAGACGUUGUUCAAAGCCAAUAGUUGUGCAUUGUCUGGAUGGUGGAGCAUUAAGCAGCCUGUUCCUGGUAGCAGCAGCAACAGUGUGUCAUAUACGCGCUGGAUGUGGAAUAGUCGACGUGCCCCUUGUAUUCAAAGGCCUCCUCAAAUGUCGCAAACAGGUUGUAAAUAAGGAGUCUUUGUUAUUCGCGUACCAACUAGUGCUAUACCACGCUCAAGAUAUUUUAAUGAAACGUGGUAUUUUAUCAUCUACUCGCUCAACUUUUGAAAAUUUCGAGGGAUUCAAAGGGAACAAAGAUAAAACCUCCAGAAAAAUGCAUCCCUCCGACGAUUUUCUUCAGAGUCUCGGAAUUAACGCUCAACGUUCCGAUAUCGAACAAGGUCGACAGAAAUCUUCAUCAAAUAAUGGCUCAGGACACUCGAGUUCAACGUCGAUCCAAGAAAAAGGUAAGGAAGCAACAAUGGAUCCUUUAAAUCAACUAGAUCCCUUGUGGUCUAUUAGAAGAUAAUAAAACAUGAUUGGAAGUAAAAGUUUAUUAUACAUCGA